AUGCUUCUCAGCGUUCUUAGCUCGCUCUGUUCCUCGCUUUCCAGUCUGACAAGUCUAGGUCACACGGUACAUCAUCAUUCAAUCUUUAAUGGUCCACAUCGCGAUAUACCCUCUUCAAAGUCUUUGAAUCCUUUUUGCCCAGCCCAGAAUGGAAUCAUCCCACCGUUCGGUCAGUGUCUCGUACCGAAGAAACGUGCUCACGACAGUGGCUAUUCAGCUGGAGCUCUAGCAGAUCUUUUGAUAGCUAAUCUUCCGGUCCACGUACCAAAUUCCGAGGAUUAUAAUUUGACGGUCGCUCAACAAGAUGGACUGGACAAAUGGCAUACCUGCAUUUUCCCUCCUUAUGACACUCUCUUGGAUGCGUCAAAACAUCGAAGUGUUUUGACUUGCGCCUUUGAAGCAUUUGACCAUCUCUUCUUUGGCUCGUCGUUAGGGUCCAAGGUAGAUCUUGGCUGGGAAGCCUAUUCGAACGAACAUCUUGGAAGAACGCUGUCUCCUUAUCUGACUCGCAAGGACGUGCCAGAGGAUUUGGAUCGUCAACUCAACCCUAAUCGCUUCGAUACUAUUGGUAUUAGCCUCCCCAAAUCUCAAGAGAGCGAUGGACGGAUCAUCUGGUCAAAGGCGCGGUUCACGAAAACCUUAGGAACAGUGUUGCAUGAGAUGGUCCAUGCAUAUUUCAACGUUUACGGCUGCUCGACGUGUGCAAUCGUUGGACUCAGGGAAACCCCCAAAAUAUUCGCUUUUCGUCAGAGAUCCGAAUUAGGGUAUGGCCACGGGACUUCUUGGGUGAGAGCACUGGAAGCAAUCACCAAGGUGGCACGAAAAGUAUUAGACACAGAGUCACUUGGAACGACCUCUCUGCAAACCGGAAUCCUUGAAGGGAAAUGUUCUGAGGUACAAACGUUAGUACUCGCUGACAUUCUUAACUUUCAUGCACGCAACGAGUCAGAAGCACAGAUUGUGAGCGCGGUUGCCUUCGGCCUCCUUUCUAACGGCUCCCUUAUUAACGGCUCUAUCUCAGAUUGCGACAGAGCAGCUGCUUGGGCCGUUGUGCGUGAGAAGGCGGCUACGCAAGUCGAACAUUUCCGGGCCAAAGAUGACCACGUUUCUGAAUUGACCAUGAUCAGGAUUCUUGAACUCAGUGAGAUUCUUCUACCCCAUUAUAGGCUCGCAUGCUAUAUCACAAGGGCUUUCAAAUGGAUCGGGCUUUUGGUGAUUGUGUAUUGCCUACACCGUCUUGAGAGGAGACUAUUAAGAAUAAACUGGCCUUUCAUUGAUCGACCUUGGGCAUCAGAGAGGGCGGCAGUACCUGAUUCCACUAAGAUACCAACGCAUGCCGAAGUCAGAACUGCUACCAGAGCUAAAAAUAUCAGAGCCCAAAUGGAUGCUAGUGUUGAGCCCAUUGCCGAGUACACAAGAGUUAUUGAACCCGAACAGGCAAAAAUCAUAGCUACUGAAGGGCUGACAGAGUCGAAACCUAAAAGAAGAGGCAGACCAAGGCGUGAUGAAACGCCCGCGAACGCUGCCCCAACUAAAGGGUAUAAUCUAAGGUCACGUUGCUAG